GGCAAAGUCUUAGAACCAGCCUGGGACAAGGUGGCUCGGCCUGCAUAUUCCAGCUCCUUUCUACCCCCAGACCGCCUGGAAGCAGGAGCUGAGCCUCCAGCCCAUGACCCUCCCACGGAUUUCCUCUCCUCCAGGGGAAGGACUCUGAUAGGCGGUCAUGGAGAGAAAACCCAGAACAUACCUAAGACCAACCUCGUGUGUGUUCAGGAGAGAGAUAGGUGUGGGGUCCAGUUGAUGCUUCCAGCCACAGUAAAUUUGCUCCUGAACCUUCGUGUUCCUGUUCCUGGCAAAAUGAGGAAAGGAGGAGGAGGGCUCAGGAGAAGCCAUCAGAUCUUGUCCCAUAUUUGGUGUCUGCUUUUCCCGGCCCAUCAGAGAAGGACCAUGUGCCAGGGGUCACUGUCAUUCAGAGACGUGGCCGUGGGCUUCACCCGGAAGGAAUGGCAGCAGCUGGACCCCACACAGAGGACGCUGUACCGGGACGUGAUGCUGGAGAACUACAGCCACCUGGUCUCAGUGGGGUGUCAAGUUACCAAGCCAGCUGUGAUCUCCAGGUUGGAGCAAGGGCAAGAACCAUGGAUGGAGGAGGAAGAAAUCCUCAGAUGGAGCUUUCCAGAAGAAAUUUUGCAAGUUGACCGCCCAGUAGGUACACAACAGGAAUACCAAGACAAACUUCUGAGGCACGUUGCAUUCCUAGACAAGCAAGAACCAACCAAGAAAGGGCGCCACGAGUGUAAAACAAUUGAAAAGACAGUCUGUCAGGACACAAACCUUGCUCCUUCAAAACAGCAAGUACAUACAUGUGACUCGUGUGGAAUGAGUCUGCCGUGCAACGUGGAUGUUAGCCCCAAUGCCUACCUUGCGAGAAGGAGAUUUGAGUGUGACGGACAGGGGAACUUGUUUCUCUACUCCAAGCUUGAAACCCCCCCUUCCGGAAAGCGGCUGCGUGAGUGUGACCGCUGCAGGAAAGCCCUCCACCAGGACCAGGCCCUGAGUGCCCACCGGGGAGCUGGCGGCGCCGAGAGAGCCCACAGGUGCCUGCAGUGUGGGAAAGGCUUCUCCUGCGAAUCGGAACUCAGCACACACCUGGGGGUGCACGGGGGCAAGCAGGCCUCCGCGCACGGGGCACAGGGGCUCGGCUGCAGGGUUAGCCGGGGAGGCCACCCCAGAGAGAAACCCGGGGGAGACGGCCGCAGCAGGAUGAUGCCAUCCCAGAAGACGAGCCUGUCGGUGCCCGCUGCAGCUCUUGCCGGAGGGAAGCCCUACAAGUGCUCUGAGUGCGAGAAGAUGUUCUCCCACAAGUCCCGCCUCAUCGAGCACCACCGGUCUCACACGGGGGAGAAGCCCUACGGCUGCAAAGAGUGUGGGAAGUCUUUCUCGCGCAAGUCGUGCCUCAUCAUCCACCACCGCAUCCACACUGGGGAGAAGCCCUACGGCUGCGGUGAGUGUGGGAAAGCCUUCUUCCAGAAGUCGCACCUCAUCCUGCACCAGAGGACUCACACGGGCGAGAAGCCGUACAAGUGCAGCGAGUGUGGGAAAGCCUUCUCGCAGAACUCCUGCCUCAUCAUACACAAGCGAACUCACAUGGGCAAGAAGCCCUACGAGUGCUCCGAGUGUGGGAAGACCUUCUCCCAGAAGGCCAACCUCAUCCGCCACCACAGAAUCCACACCCGGGAGAAGCUGUAUGGGUAAAAGGAGAGCUGGGCUUCAGCCCGAGUCACGGCACAUCCGCGAAUGUCACACCUCUGGAUGUUGUGAGUGUGGACAACCCUUCAGCAGGAAGUCCAGUGCCAUGGUGUGCAAGGGAUGCAUUCCGAGGUGAAAUUCGACCAGUCUGGAGAAUUAGGAAGAGCCUGUCUCUUAAAACCAUGACAGCAGGCUAAUGAUGCUCUAGAGUGAUAUAUUUUUAUAGGCUAUGCCUCAUUAUAAAGUCUAUCUGUCUGCAUUAACUGUGGCUAUGGAGCUUUGAAGUCUGUGAAUAAAUUAAAUCUUUAAGACAACAGGUCUAAUAAACAUCAGAGCAAUCCCAGGGAGCAUAUAGGGGUUAUGUUCCUGAGGAUGCUGCCUAGAAAGGAUCUGAUUUAUUUUUAAGCCAUGUUGGUAAUUGAACAUAAGUGUGAGCUUGUUAGGCAUGCACACUGGAAUAUACAGAACGACCUCUAUCAGGAUGUCUCACGUGAAAUUAUGCCUUUUUGUCUCUGAUGUACACUAUACCCAGAACAAUAAGAGCUUAUUAUUAAACCAGGACUCCAGACAUCA